UUUAUUGCUUAUAGGUUUUCGUGUUAAGGCAAAAUUUAAACAUUCGUGGAUAGGCAAGCUUUAAACUUUCGUGUUAAUUAAGGCUAGAUUUAAACUUUCGUGGUAAGGCUUGAAACAGGCAGGUAUAUGCAAUGAAAACUGAUGCAGCUAUUCUUAAUAUUUUGAACUCCUCGACCUAUUUUUUUAUGCUGUUGGUGUUUAGUUUAAACAAAUUAAUUGUAAAGAAACUGCGAAAUUACUGAGCUUGUGAAAAUUUUUCGUAACGGCAAGUACCAAGUCAGUGGCCGCGUAGUGACGUGUGUGGAGGUUGACCCGUAGUGACGUGUGUGGAGGUUGGCUUCACAGCAAAUAGUUAGGACGAAAUGCUGACAUAAAACUGGAAGAUGGAACGGCAUGUAGAGUAGGGCUAUCACCUCUACUGGCCCAUAAUGCUGAUGAUGUGUGAAGAUGCAGGCUGAGAGCUAGACGUACAACCCUUAAUUGAAAAUAUUGAUGACGUAUUGGAUGAAUGAUUUGGUGUAAGCAGAUUAAUAAUUCCAUUAACUCUUUAUUGUGUAGCGUGUAAUAGUUAUUGGUAAGGUUUACUUCUAGUCACCUACUCCCACUCUUGGAUGAUGAAAAUUCUUCAUAAGAUAUCGAAAGAAGUUUGGAACGAUGAUCUCGCCUUUCUCGAAAAGAUAUGCCUGAAUAAUUUCGAACAAAAAACACCCAAAAGUUUGACUGAACUGCUAGAGAGCAUUCAGCAGAAUAUGGAUACGCGAACAAUUACAUUCUGCGAAGCUAAGAACGUAUUUUCCUUAUCAAAAAUUAUUUCAAUCGAUUACGAAGAAUGUGAAACUAUAUGCCUCCAGUCAUCUGAUGUACCAAAAAAUAAACACUCCAAUUGGUUCCCAAAUGGUCCUGGAAAGACAAAUUUUCAUACGAUCAUGGAAACCCUGAGCGAAGCCGCUGCCUGGUUGACCCCUGCAUUGAAACGAUUUCUUCCAGAGGAUGAAUGUUCAGAGGAAGGAUUCGCCGAUGAAAUGGAGGACAUAAGAGCAUUGAAUGCCUUCAUGACGAUGCUCGGUGGAAUAACUGUUUACGAUUUUGUGAGCACCUUGAUGGAAGCAAACAUUAAAUUUCGUCCUAGAGAAGACAAAAUUACAUCUAGUGCCAGAGAAGAGUUGCUUUUGGUAACGUGGCAUUCGUAUUUGCAAGUCUUACGUUUAGCGGCCGAGCAAUUCGCUAGUAGAGGGAUCGUUGAUAUAUUUUACGACGUGAUGAAGCACAAGAAUUUUAGAUAUUCGUUGCUGGAAUGCCUCGUCCAUCAUUUUGCCCUCGUCUAUAGACUAGGUAACCCGGACACGUGGUCAGACAGAACUUUUCAUAAUGCAGAGGACCUUUUAUUGAUCGAUCUAGAGCAUAGUAUGCAGCAUGCACUGGAUGGAAUUCUGCAGCUCAGGCAGGAUGAAUUUUCGCAGGCGCUGUUUUUAGUUGUUCAUAUUUUCAUGAACAUUAAAUUUUCAGUAUACAUUGAACAAUAAGGGAAUGAUUCAUUCACAUAGUAUGUAUUUUAAUCAGAACUACAAUUAGCGAAAAUUUCAAUGACUCGAAAAAGCACACAAUUUUAUGAUGGUCGUAAAUAAAUUCUCAAUGUAUCUUAUUUAUAAACGUUUUAAUAAACAUAA